GAGGAACGCCACAAAGUGAGCAAGCACGAACCACCAUUACAAAAACAGAUCGUUGUCGUUACUUUGCACCAUGAGUGGACACUACUUAGAUAAAAAACGUUKCSGGAAGCAAUCACCGCGGGAGCGCUAUAGCAGCAAAUGCAAGCAUUACGUCGCGGAUACGGUUGUCCUUGUCCUUGUCGUUCUAACCGUUAUCGAAAUGGGGAAAAGUUCCUUCUGCACCAUUGAGGAAAACCAACCGACCUCGUCUUCCCUAUUUAUGGUGGAUGCCUUUCAGCCGGUGGCAGAGAGCACCUCGCAAAGGAAUCACCAGCGAUCGAGCCACGACCGMAGGACGCGGUUCGUUGCCGGCACCAGCAGCAAUGGCAAUACCGAGUACGACAUGGUGGUCGUGGGGGGAGGUUCUGCCGGACUCACGGCCGCCAAGUUUGCAAGCGGCACAUUGAAAAAGUCAGUUCUGAUUGUGGACGAGGAACGCCUGGGUGGAGAUUGUACCUGGACGGGAUGUGUCCCCUCGAAAUCCUUGCUCUCCMGGGCAAAGGCAUCCAAAAUGGCGCGCAGCUAUGCCAUUCAGCAACACCCCCAAGGAAACGACAACGCCAAACUCGACGACGACCACCGCAGCCAAAGCCGUGCAAAUUUCAGCAAAGUACGGGACUACUUCCAGCGUGUCCAAGAAGAAAUCUACSAAGAAGACGAUUCACCGCAGGCUCUGGAAAAAUUCGGAAUCGAGACGGUGGAAGGCCAAAAAGCUMACCUAACAUCUCCAACAUCCGUGUCGUUUCAGAAAACGUCUCCGACGUCCUCCACAACAACCACAACGGUCGAAGCCAAGGAAGGAAUUUUAUUGUGUACGGGGGCGAAACCAAAUCGCCCGACCUCAGCUGCCAUUCCGGGACUGUCCGACAUUGAUUACCUAACCUACGAAGAGAUCUGGACCCGUAAGUUUGGAGGCGACGAUUCACUGCCCCAUCACUGGACGGUGGUCGGCGGUGGCCCCAUCGGUUGCGAGCUUGCUCAGGCCCUGUCUCGAUUAGGAGCCUCCGUAACGAUCGUCACCGGGAGUUCUGGACGGUUGCUGCCCAACGUGGACGACGAGGAAGUUUCCGUAUUGAUGAAAGAGGUAUUUGAACAGGACGAAAACAUCAGGGUAGUUCGGGGAACCUUGUCCAUGGUGGAACCAUCGGGCGCGGACGCGAGCGAGACGAAACCCCUUGGCCAUGUUGCCUACGUCAAGACCGCUGACACCAAAGAACCUGUGCCGGUGGAAGGCRAUGCCAUGCUGCUAUCGAUCGGCAGAAAACCAAACACCGCAGGACUUGGCCUGGAAUCGCUGGAGAUCGAAAUCGAUCCCAAGACGGGGGGAAUUGCCGUGGACGAUACGCUAAAGACUUCGGUCGACGGGAUUUAUGCGGCCGGGGACUGCACGGGCGACAAGCAAUUUACACAUUACGCCGGUAGGUCUUCGCACAAGCACAUAAACAAGAAUUUACCAAUGGUCUGUCGGUGAAUGUUGUCCUCAACGUGUUUUUUUCAUUCUUUCAUUUUUCCCUCAGGCUACCAAGGGGCGGUAGCGGCUCGAAAUAUUCUCCUUCCAUUUACCGACCCCGGAAAGCUUGGAAACGACGUUCCAACCACAACUUACACGAGYCCGGAGGUGGCUACCAUCGGAUACUCAGAAUCCGCCGCCAAGGAAGAAUUUGGAGAAGGUUCGGUAGCGGUUUCCAGCUUACGACUGGACCAGGUCGAUCGGGCCAUUUGCGACGAUGCCACCAAGGGCGUCAUCAAGGUGGUCUACUCCACAAAAGGCAAGAAAAAAAUCCUGGGUGCGACCAUUAUGGCACCUGUUGCUGGAGAGCUCAUCAGCGAAAUCAGCGUCGCCAUGAACGCUGGAAUGGGCUUCCCGGGCUUGGCCAAGGCGGUUCAUCCCUAUCCGUCCUACGCAUUCGCCUUGCAAGCCAUGGCMGCAGAAGUAUAUUACGAAGACGUCGGGAAGUUCCGAUGGGUUUACAACAUACUGAAGCGYCUUGGUUUGUAGAAAACGUUGCGAGGAAUUCAAACGAUGUUGCGUUUCCGCGAGACAUACACGACUUGUCUAUCAGUGUUUUCUAUGUGCAUUAAACAAAAAGAUACCAAAAAAUUACUUUUUAACAACGAUGUCUCGCCUUUGACAAGCAUCAUUAUCAGUAUUUGAUGGCAAAAGUAAGUAAAGRUAAUUCUCGUCA